CUUCAUUUGAGAAGAGACAAUAAAUACAAUGUUGCAAGUUGAGAAAGAAUCUAUUGCUCCAUCGCCAGAGCUGUUGUCUGAGGGCAUUGCUGCUGUCAAGUUAGAGAAGAAAAAAGAUGAUCAACCAAAGGAUCAACUAGAGAACGAACCGAGCCAGAAUGUUGCUCCGGAGGAAGGUGAAAAGAAGAAAAAGAAAAAGAAGAAGAAGAAACACUCAAAAAAGAAGAAUAUCACCAUUAUCACUCAAUACUAUCCCAACGAGAUUUACCCCGAAGGUGAAUGGUCAGAUUAUAAACAAGAUCUUGAGCUUGAUGAUAAUUUAAAGCGUUCAACUAAUCAAGAAAAAAAACAAUUAGAUCUAAUCAAUUUCAAUAAGUGGAACGAUCUCAGAAAAGGCGCUGAGAUUCAUCGAAGAUCAAGAAAAUUGGCUAGAAAUUUAAUCAAACCAGGAAUGACAAUGAUCGAAAUCGCAGAUACUAUUGAAAAUGCUGUUAGAACAUUUUCUGGUGGUGACAAACUUAAUGAAAAAAUCACUGGUAUGGGUUUCCCUACUGGUCUUUCAUUAAAUCAUGUUGCUGCUCACUAUACACCAAACGCUGGUGAUAAAACUAUCUUACAUGAAGAUGAUGUUAUGAAAGUUGAUAUAGGUGUUCAUGUCAAUGGCAAUAUAGUCGAUUGUGCUUUCACUCAUACUUUCAAUCCUAAAUAUGAUCCUUUAUUAACUGCUGUAAGAGAAGCCACUUAUACUGGUAUUAAAGAAGCAGGAGUUGAUGUAAGAUUAACUGACAUCGGUGAAGCUGUUCAGGAGGUUAUGGAAAGUUAUGAAAUUGAAUUAGAUAACAGGGUUUAUCCAAUCAAAUGUAUUAGAAACUUAAAUGGUCAUAAUAUUGCUCCCUUCCAAAUUCAUGGUGGUAAAACUGUUCCAAUUGUUAAAAAUGGCGACAAUACCAAAAUGGAAGAAAACGAAGUCUUUGCCAUUGAAACCUUUGGUUCAACCGGUAGAGGCUACGUUAUCAGUCAGGGUGAAUGUUCCCAUUAUUCAAGAAUCCCGGAUUCUGAAAUAUCAAAUGGCUAUCCUCCAACUUUAAAAUUAAACAAAGCAAAAGAAUUGUUGAGUACGAUUGAUUCUCACUUUGGCACUUUGCCAUUUUGCAGAAGAUACCUUGAUAGAACUGGUGAACAAAAAUAUUUAUUAGCCUUAAGAAACUUGGUUCAAUCUGGUUAUGUUCGUGAUUAUUUGCCUUUAGUUGACACAAAGGGUUCAUAUACUGCUCAAUUUGAGCAUACCAUUAUAAUUCAUCCCACUCGUAAAGAGAUUGUCUCGAAGGGCGAUGACUUUUAAUUGAAAUAAGUAAAGCGUUUAUUAGCAUAUUUAUUAAUAUAUAUUAAUAUGUACUCGUAAUCAGUACAAUUCGAUCUCAAUACCACCAUCAUCACAUAACCUU